UUUCUCUUUACGAUUGGGAAAGAACUUUUUUUAAUUGGCGUUGCAGGACGAGAUUGCGCAACGGACAUCGACGACUGCGCUUCGAAUCCUUGUAAAAAUGGUGGCGAAUGCGUUGAUCAGGUGAACGGGUACAGAUGCAUUUGUCCUGUUGGAUUCACCGGACAUGAGUGCGAGAAUGACUACAACCAUUGCGAACCGGAUCCUUGUGAAAACGGCGCUCCUUGUUUUAAAACUCAGACCGAUUACUACUGUCAUUGUCCCGAAGGAUGGCAAGGAAAAAACUGCACGGUUCCCAGGUCGAGUUGUGACAGUCCGCCAUGUGAUGAAG